AUGAGCGCGGAACUAAAUGGGAUUAGAAAACGACAAAACAAGGUUCUUGAGACCUCGUUUGUGUCUACAAGAAAGUUACAAACAGAUGAAGGGAUAGUAACCGUUCAAUCAACGCCGUUGCUUAGUAGGCAGAGAAACAAUACAUUAAACAGUCUUAAACAGGAGGUUCGUGCUUUAGAGCUUGAAUUGGCUAAGGUGUUGUUGCGGAAGAGUGAGGCUGAGAAGGUUAAGCAAUCGACGACAAAUGAUAUUUAUCAGGGUACUUAUUCAACAGAUCACUUGCAAAGGCAUUCUAUCCGCCUAAAGGCCAGUACUCAACUUCGGGAGAUCAGCAAGAAUAUAAAGAAGUUAGAGGAACAGAUAAAUCAAUUAAAAGCCAAGAUAGAUGCAAUUAUUUCAUUGCCUAAUAAUAGCCUGUCCGGAUCUCCGUAUCAGCAGAAUCAUCAACUACAGGAGGAAGGGGAUUCUAGCGAAAAGGACCAGAAGCUGAGUCUACAUAAGGAGGUUACGGUAACUUCUCUAACGAGUAGUGAGCUAGGAUCAUCUGGUUCGCCACCUGAAUUUGAAGAACCGGGAUUUAACGAAUACGCGGACUUAGCCGAUGAUUACCUGCAUUACUCUUAUUAUACUGAUGACGAUGGCAAUAACUCUGCAGAAAAUGAUACACUACAAGAUCUUGAUUCUGUAGUUGCCAAGGAUGUAGACUCGAAUAUUAUCAAGCGACUUGCUUUAUCCAGACCGGACAGAAAGGCAAAGGAAAUAGCUACCGCCACCUGGUUGUUUAGUGACUAUUUGCAGAGUUUACAGGAUUCGAACGCUUCGAGAGAAUUCAUACUAUCGAAAGCCAAUAAUCUCGUUAGAUUGUUAAGCAAAAAUCCUGAAAUCAAACAUGAAAUGGUGUUUUCAGCAUUCACAAACACAAUGAACAGUUUGUUACUGUCCGAAGAUAAACUUAUAACUUCUGCUGGAUACAGAAUCUGCAGGUAUCUGAUUACGGAUGAUAAAUUUAUUGAAAAUUUAAUGAUGAUCAGAAUAGAUGCAUUUUUAGUGAUAUCUUUAUCUAAGGAGAAUUCGCAUAAUAUGGAGAGGGAGCAAGCCAUCAAAUUAAUCCGUGAAUUCAUAACGUAUCGCACCGGUGUCACCCAAGCCCUUGUGCAGACUGUAAUUAGUUGCGUUGAAAGGACAGAUGACAAAUUGAGAACAAUAUGUAUCGAAACUCUACUGGAACUUGCGAUAUUAAAUCCCGAUAUAUUAAAACAAUGUGGUGGUUUCCAUAUUCUAGAAUCAUUGUUAAAUGAUUCUGAUUUACAAAUCUCACAAUUAAUCUUGGAUACCUUUUUGAGUAUGAUGAAUACACAGGAUACAAGGUCAUAUGUGGAAGAUUAUUGCAAUGUCAGUUCCAUCCUCUCUGUACUAUCGGAUUGGCAGUCUAAAUCGUCUUUAAAUGUGGAACGGAUACAGAAUAGCAUGUACAUGAUGGCUCAGAUGUUUAAGAACUAUAACGGCCUAAUUAUAUUAUCGAAAAAUUCGUUCAAGCCAUUAAAGGAGUUACUUUCCUUCCUGCAGACACCAUUUGUAGCACGUUAUGUCUUGGAUCUAAUUAUGGAUAUUCUUCGGAUUAAACCUCUGGAUUAUCGCGAAGACAGGGCCCAUGCAACUAAACUUACCUCAUCGGAAUUUCCAAAUGACUCAAUGGCUACUAACCAAUACUUAGCACUCAUCGUCCAGAUGCUAGAUGAGGCAGAAAUUGUAGGGGCUUUGGUAUCAAUCUUGCUCACUCAUCGUUCACAUGAAGAUGGAGGCCAGCCAAAGAAUAGUAUCUUACUAUCUAAGACGCGUCAUGUAUUAUCAGAAUACUUAAGCCUCGCAAUUAAUAUCAACUGUUGGAACACCUCCUAUUAUUCAGCAAUUCAUCAAAGUUUAAGUCCCAUCAAAGUUACCGAGGCAUUUUUGAUAGAAAAUGUUAAUGUAAAACUUAACAAGAAUCGUACUACUCUAGGGAUGCCGAAUAUUAAUACCCAAAAUACUAUUAUUGACUUCACAAAGUCUGUUAUUAAGACUACCUUGUUAACUGAUGUUGACGAGAUGACUUUUAAAAAGAUGGUUUUUGACACUAAGGUUCUUCAAACGAAGGACUUCACUCAAUGGAAUUGGGACGUGUUAGGGGAUUUAUGCGAAGGCCCACUGCGCAAUCCAAGAAGGUUAGAAGAACUAUCUCGGAACACAAAAUUUGUUAGAAGGCUUCUUGUGUUCUACAGGCCAUUUAGGUAUCGAUUUUCUGCUGUUAACAAUAAAGCAGCAAAUGCUAAACAGUAUGCAAAUGUUGGUGUCCAAUUCUUUUCCAUGUUAGUUUCACACAAUGAAGGUUUAAAAAUUCUUAUGGAUGAUAACAAGAUUAUACCACAGAUAGCCAGUUCUUUGUAUAAAUCUAUGGAAGGUCAAAUGCCGGUCAACAAAGUAUUCGGACUGAAAGAAGUUCAGCAUACGAUGUGUGUCGGAUAUUUCCCAAUAAUUGGUGCUUUAUUGAAAACUGUGGACGGCCUUAAAAUACUUGAAAGAUGGAAUAUGUUUACGGUUAUUUAUAAAAUGUUCCAACCAAAUGUACUUGCAGAAACAUACCUGUUGCUUAUGUUGCCUCAGCUGGACCUAACCCACAGCGUACACUGUAGAAUUAUAAUGGGAAAAGUAUUAAUAGAUGAUAGAGAAUCUGUGAGAAUGGCAGCUACGAAUGUCCUCGGAGAUAUGAUUCAAAACUAUAAUAGCAUUGACCAUAAACUAGAGGAAUUUAUGUUGAAUUUACUUGUUGGUCAACUGUAUGAUUUGUCCAGUGAUGUUGUGGCUAUUGCAGAUCGCAUACUCUACCACUAUUGCAUAAAACAAGAUUUAUCACUAGGCCUAAGGCCAGCGGUGACCAGCUGUCUGCAACAAUUGGUUUUUAUAGGGUCCCCUAUCUUAUUUGACCUUUUGGCAGGAACAACAGGAUUUAAUUUGCUGAGUAACAUUCUAUAUGUUGAUAACGAACGGCUUGCAUGGUUGCAACAUAAGAACAGAGAUUAUGUGAAUAAGGUAGAGGAAUUUUUAGAAAACGAACUCUAUUAUGUUAUUAAAGAUCGCACCAAAACUUCACGUAGUUUGCCGUUACACUUUUACCAGUCAUUAGCCAAGUCUGAGGAGGGCAUAAACUUGCUUGAGAAAAAGGGCGAUCUUUUGGUCUUUAGCAACACAAUAAAGAAAUUUUUGUCUGAUAGAGCAAAACUUCUUGAUGAUGUUAUUGAAUUGAAAAGUUGCAUGUGGUGUUGCGGUUUUAUUGGGUCUACGAAACUAGGUAUAAAGUUGUUAGACCAUUACAAGGUUGUAGCAGAUCUUGUAGAUUUUGCAAUGACCGAUGAAAACCCAGGUAUUCGGUUUACGGCAUUUUACGCAUUAGGGUUGAUUAGCAAGACUGAAGAAGGAUGCGAAAUACUUGAUGAAAUGAACUGGUCUUGCAGCACAGACGUCAGACAACAUGCAGUGGGAAUUUGUGUGCCAAAGAACAUCACUAAAUUUCUCAGCUAUCCAGAUACAAGUCGGGAUGUUAUAUCCAAUGAAAACGAAGACUGGUCUAGUACUGAAGACGACGUAAUGGAAGCUGGUUUUCCGCCUCUUGAGAUCUCACAAUCUAAGCUGAUGCAAUUCAGAGAGCAGUCUGAAAAGGACGUCCUUGCAGAUGACCAGGAACUGAAAACUCUGAUAGAAAGAAAAGCCAGAGAGUUAAAAUCCCAAAAUAAUAUAGAGGUCUUGGUUACACAGUUUCCAGACGAUCCUGUCUCGGCCAAAAUCAUCCGGCUAGUAGGUAAACUCGGUAACCACAUCCUAGCCAAUAGCGCUAUUAAAGAAAUCACAGAUCUCGAAGCUAAAUUCGGUCCCUCCAAAUUCGAAACGCCUGAAAUGUUUUACGCUGUCUUCAACCUGAUGGCCCAAUACAGAUUCAAACCCCCCAUCAGAAAGUUUCUUUGUGACCUGUUCAUCAAUAAGAAGUCACUAGAAAGCAUCAUGAAGCGAGACAAAAGAAAAAAAAAUAGAAAAUCCAUCAUAAUCCACACACACACACCUAUAUAUAACCACUACCACUAUUAG